GUUGCUUGUAGAAUAGCACGGAGUCGAUAUCAACAAAGGAGAGCCUCCACUGGAAAAUCCAUCUUUGAGUAACUCGUCGACAUGUUUUCACUUCGAUAUAAGGUAUGUUCUCAAGGUACAAAAAUAGCUGUUGUCCCUACAAAGGUUUACUUCAUGCUAAACCAUCGGCUAGUGUAAACACCUCUGUGUACAUCGGAGGUGUUUGCGCCACAGACAAGCUUCGAAGAGUUGAACUUUACCGUGAAGAGGUUUCAAAUAAACAGCUGUAUAUCUGUAUAUUAAGUGAUGUGAGUUGCAAGUGCACUGAUAAUAGGAAGUCUGUGAAACAUUUCUCUUCGUUUGAAUCCAUUCGGCCAAGUCUCUUGUUGGUUGGGAGUGUCAGCACAUUUGUCUUCCGUUAUUUGAGACAGGACUGCUUAGAGUUUCUUUUUAAUGACCGCAUGAGAAAAUAAACCAACUGACAAUCCGCUUCUAUUCGAACAAAGAAUACUUUCAGCAAUAUACUAUAAUUUAUGUAACAGCCGCUAAAAGUGGAAAGGGGGGGAAACGGCAAAUUCGAACUACUUUCUUUUAAUACAUUGCAUUGGCUUUUAAACUAGCUUAAAUUGAUCUAAUUAUUAGUUAUUUUUCGAAAGGAGCAAAGAUAUAUGGCUUUUAGUGAAUAGUUAUGAAACGUGUCAAAUGUGUCACUAUAAAGAAAAAAAAAAUGCUAGCCAUCUAUGUACGUAAUACUCAUUUAAGUGAAAGUCCGAAUAAUUUCUUUUUUUAAUUGUCUUAUUUUAAUCAGAUUUUAAUGUGGUUAUUUGCGGCUACACUGAUUUUCAUAGGUCAACGUUCUGCAAGUGCAAGUAAGUAUCAAUAGUAAGGUGAUUUUAGGAUCCAAAUGGCUAGUCUUUGAGAGUGUGCUAACCUUAGUGUGUGUCGGCAUACAAUUUGCACCUCACAACGGGAGGAAAAAGAAAGUCACCACAAACCAACUUAACAACGGUAUUAAUUUUUAUAAACGUAAGAGAUAAUGAGAUUGUAUGUAAAUACACUUUACAAAUAAAAUUUACGGUGUAUUACUUGAGAUAUCAUGCGUGCAAGACAUUAAGGAAGUAUAACUUUCAUGUGAAAAAAUAGAAUACAGAGCUGGAGAUGAAGCACCAGUAAUGGGAUUAAGCAUUCGGGCUAAAGAACUCAGCUUUAAUUAAAGUAGUCAUUGUAGGUGCGGUAUUGCGUUGAAACUCGUGGAGUCUGAAGCGUUUGUUUAUUCUUAAAACCAAAGAAAAACAAGAUUUUUUGAGUCGAUAAUUUGUAAUACAUCGGAAUUUCUCAUUUCAUGUUUGUUUUCAAUCAUAUUUUUAUGGCAUCGUAUCGCUCAUUUAAGAAACUGAAAGUGAACGCAAGGGAAAAUAGGAGACGGUUAGGCACUCACGUCUUGGUUAUCGGCGUUUCCGUCAUACAUACCGACGCAUGCGCAAGUUUAAAGACAGGUUACAGGUAAAAUAAUAUUAGUGGUUAUUACUUGGAUCCAAAUAAUAAUGUAUUUGUUGUUUUAUAGACAUGUAAUUGAGAAGCAUCCUGGCCUUGCUAAUCCAGAUAAAAAUCUUAACGUCACCUUCAGCCUACUCUGCAAACUCGUUUUAUUUUAGCUUUUGCAUCUGACUUCAUUAGCUUUUAUCGUGUUACUGAGCCACCAUUACUCUAUACGAUUAGGUCCAUCAGUGUCUCUCAAAUAUAAGUUCUAUUUGUGUGAUAUCAUACUAACGUAUUGUUUCUAAGCAUUAGAAAGUAGCAGCGAACUUGGAAUGCAAGACAAAAUAAUCCCAGAUAAUGGUAUUACGUCAUCAUCUGAGUUAAGCGCCAAUCACGCACCUGCAUUUGCACGGCUGGAUGGACCGAGAGCCUGGUGCUCAGCUCCGGAAGAUAUAUCACCGUAUAUACAAAUUACUUGGGACGAAGAAAACCUUAUAACAGCGAUAACAACCCAGGGAAGUUUUCGCGAUUUUAGUUGGCCAGAAAUUUUGAAGUUGCAUACAUGAGAGACGAAAAAUGGACAUCGUACAAAAAGGUAACUUUUUCUGAAAACUAACAGUGGUGGUUUUAACAGAAUUAUAAAGUUACUGUCGACGUUUUUUUUCCGAAUGAUUACUUUGUCAUGACCAUUUACAUUGAAGGGAACAAAAGGCAAGGAAGUGGCAAAACCAUAAGAUAGUCACCAUUACGGUGUUGAUGUUUGCGGUUUAAAUUCCUGACAUCUUGUUGGCUCUUUUCGGAUCAUAACAAGAUUCUUAACAUAUAUCUUGUAUUCCUUUCCCGUGGAGCCUAAACCACUGCGGUGUUUAAACACACAAACCCAAAACUUAGAAAGUGUCGCUACCACAGUUUCACUCGCAAAUAUUUGAUGACAGUUACAAAUACAUUCAUUCUUACAAAUUUUCCAUAAUCUUCUUUGCUAACAGGCCUAUCACUGAGCUAGGAAUAUAAAUAAAGGCCUUUUAAUUUUUCUGUUUACAGCUACUUAAAGGUAAUCGGAACAGCAGAUCCUUGAAAAAUAAUGUCUUCAAGCCACCAAUCAGGACACGAUCAAUCAGGAUAUACCCAAAAGAUCCAUUUGGGUUUUUGAUGGAUUCAACAGUUCCUGUGGUUCCUUGUCUCAGUUUGGAGCUUUAUGGAUGUUCUGCUCCAGGUAGGUAAAGAUGGCGAACUUCAAGGCAGUGGCGUGAAUCAUAAAAUUAUGAAAUUUGUGUGUUAAAGGGCGCGAAGAAUUAAAGUCAGCUUUUGGAUGAAAUGAUCAUCUCAAAAUUUUUGCCGAUUAUUUAGCCAUUAGUUAUGAUCUACACACAUCACAAAUUCAAACUGCAGAAUUAAACAACAACAGAACAAAACAAAAAACAAACCAAACCGAAACAAACAAAACACCUUAAUCAUAGGAUUCACUUGGUGCUUUUAGGGUUAAUUCCAGAAGCUUCCUGUUUGUGAUUCGGACUUACUGCUGUUGGUUAGACGCUUAAUCAGCAGUUACUCUUAUCCAGAGAGAAAAAAACAGCUGAGCUCUUCUUCUAUCGUCUUUUUUACUUAGGCCUAUCAAACUGUCAUGCUGCAUGGGCACUGAUAACGUGUUCACUUUUUUGACUUCUCGUUUCAUCUUCAGCGUCUUGUGAUCCUCUACAAAUCCUUAGGAAUGGAAAAAUACACAACAAUGGCAAUGAAAAUGGAGCAUUAGUCUCAUUUUCAUGUAAUGAGGGAUUUAAGUUGCAAGGUUUGAGGCAGAUCAAAUGUCUUCAAGGAAAAUGGAACGGCAGUAUUCCAACUUGUGAAGGUUUGAGAUAUGAAAAUUGACAAGACCGCAGAGCUUUUGGUGAAAUAUUUCUCAUCUGAGGAAUAAAAUACGUAUACUAAACUAUUCUUCUUUUUUUUUUUUAAUAAAUAAAUAAAUAGAACAUUUUCGUUCUCUUUCUCGCCCAAAGGCAAUUGCAAGAAUCCAGAACCUUUCAUAAAUGGUUCAAUCAUCGGAGAGGAUUACAGUUCUGGAUCGUCCAUUCAAUUUCGAUGCAACGUUGGUUACCAACUACUUGGGUCAGAAAUAAUAUCUUGCGUAAAUGGAACAUGGAAUGAGACCGCCCCUGAAUGCAAACGUAGGUUGCCGACAGAUAAGUAUUUUAUAGGAACAUCUUAAUGUAGCACAAAAACCCAGCCAUCGCACAGGACUGGUUAGUAAGUUAGGGGAUUUCUCGGUCUGACUUCAAGAAUUCGGGCAACUGGUUCACUGAAAGUUUUGUAAAUCUUUUUUAAGGGUACUUUUUAAAAUAAAAUGUUUAUAAUCGUUGAGAGAUUUAAGAAAAAGAGUUACGUUUGUUUUUUUUUGCAAACAAGUCUCAAAGCCAUGAUUCUCACAAAACCUUGAGCUGUUUAGGAACACCAUAGUUGUAAUUGGGCGACAUCUUUCACGCUUCCAAAUCAUUCCCUGUGCACAAGUUCUUUAAAGUUUGUUACAAGGAGCUUAUGUCUACAUUUACAUGUAUUUAUCUUCUAAAAUCUAAACUCGUGAGUUGGGAUCUCCUAAAAAUGUGUUGUCGGACGGAAAAGAGCUCGAGGGGUUUGCUUUCGCUUUGACACAACCAUUGAAAUUUCCGGGUAAAUUUUUGCAAUGGCUGCAAAAUGAGUUAGCUCGCAAUUUUGAACCGUUGAAAGAAGAAUUAACUUGUGUUUUUAUACAAGUUGUAGUCUUGAUAUUCUCCAAUCUUGAUUUUCUACAGUAGUUUAUCUGAUAUAUAAACGACAAAUGAAGGUUAAAAAAUUGACUUCCGUGAAAAUAUUAUAGCUGUUGAAUGUGGUGAUCCUGGGAAAACAUCAGAUGGAGAGCAGAUUACUAAGAAAGGCUUCGUCUAUGGUGGAUCAGUCAAGUUUGUUUGUGACAAGAAUUAUACUCUAGUGGAGACUGAUGUUAUAUAUUGUCAAGCUAAUAGGAGUUGGAGUUCCUCUGUUCCACGCUGCGCAGGUAAGUACCAUUUCGGGUAAGGAAAAAUAAAAGACAUUUAAGGGCUCUUGAAAGUAUAAAUAACAGUAAGAUUAUAUGGUCGUAGAAACAUCAUUUAUGAAAAUUAGAGGUAGAAAAUUUUAGCUUUUUACAAAUACGUAUUAAUACUAGUUGUUCGAACAACUUAGUGUGCUGAAUAAAAAUAAGGGAAACGCAAUUAAUUUAUUAUGAAAUUGGGGCUUAAAGAAAAAACCAUUUGUUUGCUGUUGACUAGUUUUUCUGGCAUUAAGAUUUUUCUUUCUGUUUUAAAUAAAGCUAACUGUCAAUCCCCUGGUCAUAUAAAUCACGGCCUUAAAAUCGGUAAGAACUACAAGCACGGAAAGACAGUUCGAUACUCUUGUAACCUUGGGUACACACUUGAAGGCGAGGCUGAAGUGACUUGUGAAGAGGGAACAUGGAAUACUGAUACCCCCAAGUGCAAAGGUACAGUCUGUAAGCGUGCAUGAAUAUGUAUUUAUUAGAGAUAUAUAGCUUUCGUUAAUGUUGAGCCUUUGAGUUGCUUUAUUCAUUAACUUUGUAUUGUUUUAUGUUUCAACAAAGGGGCAGUUGUGCUUAUUUGAUGAUAACCUUGCGUCGACUAUAUCAUUGUUUAUUAUAGUGCGUCCAGUGACCAGUUUCUGGAAAACCCGGCCUUAUUAUUAGGGAACUUAAGAACCACGACGAAGUUCACGACGACGACGUCUGUUGACUGAGAAAGGACUGGAACGAGAACGUCAGUUUUGGCGGGAAAAAGGAACUUAAGAUGCAGUCGAUCGGGUAGGUCGACGACGACGACACUGAAUGUAAACAAACAUGUAGAAGUAGUACAACUGUGAUGUUCGUUUGCAACAAAGUUUUUUCGCAAAGGCGUCUUUUAAGACGAUGCAAGAUCUUAUUUUAUAAGCCGUACGUCUACUUUCAUUGACGAUGAAGAAUUUUUAGUGUUGUCUGACCUUUUCGAAUGGAAAAAUCUCUACUUUCCGUACGAAGGUUAUUCAACUUUCAACCUGAAUGACAUGACCGAGUCAGAGUUUAGAUUUGGAAAAAGAGACAUUCCGACGCGAUAGCUGUUUUCCAUAUAAAGUUCAUUUCCUCUAUAUUAAAGACAUAUGAUUUGCCUGACCUAAAUAGGUACAAAUAAACUUGUCACUUACGAGUUCGCUCGCUCGGCCUGCACAGCUGAGUGUUGUCUUCGAAGUAAACACAAUUCAUCAGUCAAAUUUUCAAUCAACAUCGCUUGUUAGCAGAAAAAAGAAAGGAUACCUGGAUUUACGAGGAGAAAAAAAUACAAAACCCUUGAAAAAUCGCUUAAAAACAGGGAGUUAUACCUGCCGAAGCUUGUGGACUGCAGGACGACGUGACUCUACUGUGUUUGGCGUCGUCGACGACACCACGACCACGACGACGAAAUUUGUUAACCGCGCUUGCGCAGUGCACGGUAUCUCACUUCCGGUCUUCGUCGUCAAAGUCGUCGUCAUGGUUCUUAAGUUCCCUAUUAAAAGGAUCAAUUACGAAAAGCUUUGUUAAUAUGUUUGAGAAUUUAAAUUGAAGAUCGAGGUAUUAAUAAUAUUGAACUAGUUCAACAAAGCUUGAUUGCCAAAAAAAUCUUAAUUAUCUCAAAAUUUUGAAACGUUAACAGAAGAAUUAACUCGACGUGUGCAUCUAUCCAUAGUGAACAGUUUUCCUUAAUAUUCUGCAAUCUCCAUUUCAUAUACCAGUUUAUAUGUAAGCGACAAAGCCUUAAAUACCGUAUUUAUUCGAAUAAGCGCCCAACCUCGAAUUAGUGCUUACCUCGAAUAAGAGCCCAUCCUAAAGGAGGAAAAAGUUAAUAAGCGCCCACCCCCUCCCCCUUUCACUCAAACUCAAAUAUGCGCCCACAACCAAAACGCAACCCUUCCCCCUCCCACCCCCCAAGAAUGAAUAAGUACUAAGAGAUUUCCUCGAAGACGGAGUUUUCCUCAGUGUAUUGAUCAUUUUACAGAAACCUUUCUUUGUUUCAUUUUUAUGUUUUGUUAUUACCAUUUAUUGUUUUGUUGCAAAAUAAACAUACUACACUUGCUGAAAAUGGCGAAAAUAUAACAAGUGCCCAGCCUCGAAUAAACAACCUCCUCGAAUAAGCGCACACUCUCAAGGUCCAAAAAUUUAAUAAGCGCCCAUGGUGGUUAAUCGAAUAAAUACGGUAUUCACUUUCCUACAACUCUUAUUAUAGCUGUUGAGUGUGGUGAUCCUGGCAAACCAACAAAUGGAGAGCAGAUUGUCAAGAAAGGCUACGUCUAUGGUGGCUCAGUCAAGUUUGUUUGUGACAAGAAUUACACUCUAGUGGGGACUGAUGUAAUAUAUUGUCAAGCUAAUAGGAGUUGGAGUUCCUUUGUUCCACGUUGCUUUGGUAAGUUCCAUAGUUCGUGGGAGAAUUAAGGAGAAUCGAGGACACUAGUUUCACCUUUCUCAAAUACUCCUAAAUUAAAAAUUCAAAGGCAUAGCUCGAUUUGAUUUUCAAAGUCAUAUAAGAGCUUUUCAUCAAUCCGUAAACUAGUUAAUUGUUUGAACAAUUUAAUUUAGCAAGCUCGUACUGCAGUAACGAAACCGUGAUUCAAACAAAUACUUUAUUUUUAUGAAUUUGCGUCAUAAAAAAAAAAAACAACAACAACAAUUUCCUUUGUUGCCUUACUUCUUUUUCCUUUUUUUAAAGUUAGUUUGUUGUGUUUUUAACUAAGCUAACUGUCGACUGCCUGGUGAUGUAAAUGAUGGCCUUAAAAUUGGCAAUGACUACACCCACGGAAAAACAGUUCGAUACUUUUGCAAUCUUGGGUACGCACUUGAAGGCGAGGCUCAACUGACAUGUGAGGACGGAAGAUGGAACACUGAUACUCCCAAGUGCAAAGGUAACGAUCACUGUUAAUGUUCUAAACAGCUUUUGUUUAUUUAGAAACUUAAAAAGCUUGAGAUUGUUUUAUGAAUUGUCUAGUCUAGGGACCUGAGUUUUUUGGAAAGUCUCGGUAGUAACCUAUCCAGGAAAUCUGAGUGUUUUGUUUAGGCAUUUAACUUGAAGAUCGAGGUUAUAAUACUUUUAAAAGAGGUACAAAAAAGCUAUCAGUCAAAGAAUCAAAUGAUAGACUGAUUAGUUUGGGGACUCAGGUUUUAAUUCAAGAAAAUGGCUUUAGGCUGGAGAAUUUGUAGGGACUUUUAAGAAACGCGCAACACGUCCUCAUGAUCAUACAGGGAGAAGCCACGCGCGACCGACUCGAGCCGUUCGCGGUUUUCUUGUAAUCCAAAAUGAAAGAUUGUAUUGAUUUUGGAGCUUAAUGUUGUUGCUGUUGCUGUUGUUGUUGUUGUUGUUGUUGUUUGUUUGCAACUUUUAAUAUUAUGUUAAAAUUUUUUUGUAAUGGCUGCAAAAUAAGGCCCUCAAAUUUUAACGGUCAAAUCAUAGUUCAUUGAGUGGAAUGGUUAUAAAACCCGUCAGACUCCUUUGUUAUAUGUUUUUGUGGACCUGAAAGUGCACAACGUUCAAAAGAAUUCCUAUCAUUUUGAUUGUAUUGACCAAUUAUUAAAACGUUGCAUUAAUUUAUUCCGUAACAAUUUGCCAACAGAAAACAAAGGAUUGUGCACUUUCAGGGUGCUUCCAACAUAAACUGCAGCACUGUUGUUUUUAUCAUUGAUGUUUGCCGCUUUUCAUAACCAGUCUCCUCUAAUAACUAUGGUCAAAUGAAGAAUGAACUCGAGUGCAUCUACUCGAGUUGUAGUCAAAGUUUUACUUAGUGUCCUGUGAUCUUCAUUUCCCAUACUUGUUUAGUUGCAAAGGCCAAAGGUUAAAAAUUUAGUUUCCUUGCAAUUAUUAUAGCUGUUGAGUGUGGUGAUCCUGGCAAACCAACAAAUGGAGAGCAGAUUGUCAAGAAAGGCUACGUCUAUGGCGGAUCAGUCACGUUUUUUUGUGACAAGAAUUACACCCUAAUGGGGACUGAUGUUAUAUAUUGUCAAGCUAAUAGGAGUUGGAGUUCCCCUGUCCCCCGUUGCUUAGGUAAGUGCCAUGGGUAAGAGAAAAUAAAAAGACAUUAUUCCCGCUACCUAAAGAGUUCUUAACAGUAAAAAACUACAGUUCAAUUUUUGGUCGUUAAAACAUGAUCUCAUCAAUUAGCAGUAGCAAUAUUGUAGCUAAACGACAAAAGUUCUCCCAAAAACGUAUCGUCACACGGAAUAAACAAAAGUUUAACCCUAAUCUGACCAUGCUUUUUUCCCUUUUCUGGCUCCCUAAGACAGGGCAACGUCGGACUUUGAAACAGAUCAUGACAAGCAACCACCAAAGUUACUUACACCUAAUAAUGUACGCAUCAUUUUCAACAUCUAGGGAUAACUAACGCGAUUUGACGUACUUAUGACGUAACAUUGUUAAAAUAAUAAGCAGAAACCAAAUUUCAUCUUUUUUUUCCCUAGAAGUAGCCUAAAGUGAAACAUACUAAAAUAGUGAAAUGUCUGAAAAAAAAAUCAUGACGUUGGCUGACACACUGGUAGUCUUUAACCAUAGCAGUGGCGUCAUGAUGACUUAUUAUUAGAGAACAAACUGGAACAACGCCAUAUUAAUUCUGCCAUUUUGAAUUAUUAGUUUUGUUCGAAGCUAGCCUGUGUAAAUCGAGGAAAUCGUGAGAUAAAAUUUGUUCUGUGUAUUAAAGUACAUAUAUGCUUAAAAAGCAAAACAUAAAAUAAAGCUAACAGUAAAAUACUCGUUAAUGUAAAAGUAAGAAAAUAAUAAUAAUAAAAAAAACUGCUGACAAUUAAAACUGUUGAACACUGUUAAAAUUUAAAUCCAACAUCUACCAUUAAGUCAUUGUAUCUUCAGUAUUUUUUACCGAUACGGCGGCAAUAUUAAAUUAAUUAGAAUAUAAGGAGUAAUAUUAUAGAUUUAGCCAGGGUUAAAAGCGAGGCUCCCAUUAAUAAAUUUAUAAAUUAAAUCGAACAAUAAACUUGUAUUCCACAAUUCAGUUAACUUUAGAGCACAUUCGUGUGACUUUUUAGGGAAAGGCUAAGUGAUUUUACAAAAAAUAAUUUGCAAACAGCCCAAGAGUGAACCAAAUCUCACAUCGAGUUGAUAGCCUCAUAAGUACACCCAAAAACUGGCAAUCAUCUUCGAUCACAUUUAUUAAGAGCCAUAAUGGCUCUUGAUCACCUUACAUUAAUUAGGCCUGGAAAAAAAAUUCCGGCCGAAUUUUUUGCGUUCGACAAGUUUAUUUUACAAAAUCUUGCCAACAAAUCUGGGUGCGUGUAAACCAACCUUCUAUAACAUUUAUACGUCACAUCUGAGGUGAAACAGUACUAUGAGGCACUGUUUUUAUCAUACAGACCUCGGACAACAGAAUGCAGUAUUUCACAAUAUUGCGAUACAAAUUGCUAUUCAGGACGAUCAAAGCACGCGUGGGCUUUAGCCGUAAACCGUUGAAAAAUUUUUCCAAAUCAUCUAUACGGCCAGCCGGUUCUGACUUUUACAGUGCUAGCAGUGGCGAGUCGAGUGUUUGAAUGAACAUUAACAGAGUUACGCUCCAACAUAAUAACAUUAUUUUAAAACGGUUUAACGCGCGGCAUUUUGAGUACUCCGGGAAGCGUUGUUCAGGGGCACCCAACGACAAUUUUCGGAAAAUUAUCUGUUCGGAAGACGAUUUGAGAUCUAGAAUUUUCGGAUCAUUUUCUGUAAAAUUUCUUGCUUGCCUGCUUCUCCUAGGAUUUUCGAACAUCAAAAAAAUGGUAUAAUUGCCCAUUUUUAACGGAUUUUUACCCUAAAAAGGUCACCUAGAAUUUUCGGGAGCUUUUUUUCUGGCUGAAAUUUUCGGAAAGGUAGAUUUUGAUCCCUAUAAUUUUCGGAUCACUAUACUUUCAGCUAGGAAAUCCGAACAGAUGAAAAAUUUAUAGGGGAUAAAAAUAAGCCUUUAUCUACUGUUUAAAUACUAAAGUACGUUCAACAAUGCUAUGUUUAUGUGGUUUUGACCUAUAUUCUCGUUGGGUGCCCCUGGUUGUUUACUGAACGACUGAAAACAAUCAGCACAACGAUUAAAAUUACAAGAGAGAGUACUAACAAUCAAUAAAAGAAAUAUAAUUCGGUGAAACGUAUACAGAGACGACAAUUUUCAUUCAGGAAGACAAGUAUUAAAGUGUCUCUAAAAAUCCUGAGUCUUCGAGCUUAAAGCUGAAGUUUACGUUUUAAGCCGGCUUACCGGUGUUUGCUUUUUUCAAAGACGAACUCGAGGCAAGAAAAUCGCUCAAACCUUUCUUUUACAGCCAGAAUUAUAACUAAAUAUUCUUUGAAACGUUUUCUUUCUAUUUGCGGUGAGAAAAUGUCUAAAGGCUUUUUAAAGAUCUGUAAGCUUAUAACAAACCUGAUACUCGGUCAGAUCAUUGUCUCAAAUCUUACAAACGUGCGUAAACAAAAUAGCCGCAUAAACUACGCUCGACUUCAUUAAAUUAGGAAUAAAAAACAAACAUCAAAUACAAUAAUUACUUAGGCUUACCACUCGAGAUGCAGCUCCUGAAAGGUAUCAAGUAAGGCCAGUAUCGCUUCAGACUUUGCAACCCUCUUACGCAUUAAGCAAGAUGAAAACGAAAACGAUGCCAUCCGAAAUCGGAUUUCCGACUUUGACUCAACCAAAAACCCAAUAAACAAACUAGCCAUGAAUAACAGAAGACUCCUGAUAGCAGCUGAAUUUCAUUUUGUACAUCCAGUGGAAAAAGAAAGUUAAAAACAUCACAAGUUGACACAAAACUCUGUCAGCUUCAGCUGUCAAAGUAAACAAGAUUCAUGAUGCUGCAUAAAUUUUCCGCAUGAACUCACCUGUCAAAUUUUGACCAAUCAGAGCAUAAAAAUUGGACGUCGAGCGUGACCAACGCGUGAACAUGGCGAGAAAAGUCAAAAGCAACUGUCUUCCCUGCCUGUAGCAGCUGACUGAAUUUUCGCUCCGAGGUCAGUUUGAAAUCAAAAUUUUGAUUGUGCGGCACAUAAACACAACAUAUUUCAUAUGAAUUUAAAAAAAAUUAAACUUGAGCCUGCGAUCAUUUGAAAACCAGUACCUUGUCAGCGGAUAACUUCAAAAAAAACUUGACCUCGAUGGGUCGACACAUGCGCCCACGAUACAGUCAAGUGAUACUGGUCAGCGGAUACCUUGUUUUGACAGCUGUCAAUGGAUCACAACAUUGACGUGUAUCAGUUUUCCUGUGCACCGAUCCCAAACUAGCUAGAAAGUAUGAGACUGAACAUUGAUCGCGAUCUAGUAAAAUAAUUAACUGGUCAGCGGACAGCUUCCAAAUAAAUCACGUCACCUUAAUGAGUUGACAUCAUGAGCCCGCGAUAUGGUCAUGGCAUACUGGUCAGUGGCUAUCCUGUUUUGACAGCUGUCAAUUGACCAUAUUGUGAAUGUCCAACGUAAAAGAUGUGGCAAGACACGCCUGAGACACCCCUCCCUUCCUUUUGAUAGUCUCCCCUACCCCACCCGUACAAUCCGUAGACGCGUACGUACGAUCCCAAACUAGCUAGAAAGUAUGAGACUGAACAUUGAUCGCGAUCUAGUAAAAUAAUUAACUGGUCAGCGGACAGCUUCCAAAUAAAUCACGUCACCUUAAUGAGUUGACAUCAUGAGCCCGCGAUAUGGUCAUGGCAUACUGGUCAGUGGCUAUCCUGUUUUGACAGCUGUCAAUUGACCAUAUUGUGAAUGUCCAACGUAAAAGAUGUGGCAAGACACGCCUGAGACACCCCUCCCUUCCUUUUGAUAGUCUCCCCUACCCCACCCGUACAAUCCGUAGACGCGUACGUACGUACGUACGUACGUACGCUCGGUCAAUCACGUGACAACCAAAGGAAAAGAGGUUGACCAUAAUCUAUGGGUAUGGGGCUCUGUCCCACGCGCGCCCCGCUAUUAUGGGAUGCCCAGGGGUCAUGAGCACGAUCGGAUACACUCGCUCAGUAUUUAAGCGCGCUUCUUGGGGCAAUAAGUUUUUCAAGAACAAGAUUGUAAUGGGAAAAAGGAACUUUGUACCGUGUUUGGAUGUAAUAAUGAUCGCCUUUUACCCGAGAAAUAGUACAGUGAAAAACAAUACCAGUUUCUUCAGAGUGUCCACGAUUUUAACUGCUUCUUUUUUUUUUUGCAUUUUAGAAUCAUUAUCUGACUUCUUCCUCUAACUAAUAAUUGGUUGUACUAGAAGCAUGUCCAUGGGAACAUUUUUCUUACGUGUUACAACUAUUUCCCUUUCAUAGCCCUUCAGAAAGAGCGUUGGAUGAGGAUGACCGUCAACCAGUCCUCCAAAUUUAAAAUGAUUUGAGCAAACUUAAUUAGUAUUUUUGUACACCUUAAAUACCUUCUGGCUUAGUAGUCUCGUCCAAGUAGCCAAGUCCCUUUCCUCUUUGCAAGAGCAGAAUUAACGUACCUCCGAAGAAACUGGUAUGAUCAUUUUUACCCCAAAUACAACACAGCGGCCUUUUUUCCCAUUACAAACAUAUUCUAGGAAAUCUUUGGGAAAAGUUGCCCGAAAAGCGCGCGUAAAUACCGAACGAGUAUAUCAGAUCAAACUUAUGCCCCCUAGGCAUCCCAUAAUACUCCUUAAAACCAAUUAAUUCAAUAUGGCCGCCGUAUCGGUAAAAAAGUCAUUUGGCCAUUUGCACAUCUCCCAUAAUACACCUCGUUUGCCCCUAAAGUUUUGCAUAACCUUUUUUUCAAUUUCUCCUGGUUAUUGCAAUUUUCCCGGGAGAGACUGGAGACUAUGCUUAUGCAAAAUUUGGGGGCCAAACAAGGUGCAUUAUGGGAGAAGUGCAAAUGGCGAAUAUGGACACCAAAAGGCCUCGACUGAAUUAACAGUUAUAACAAAUAUUUAAAUAAUUCUAAAUUGAGUGUAAUACAAUUUUUCGGUUAAAAAAAAAAUCUUACAAUAACUCCUUUUUUAUAGAAAAACAGACGAAUUUCGUAAAACAAGGCUGUUAAACCUGGGUUGCCAUGCCGGUUAACGUUAAAGUUGACGUACAGGUCGCCAUAUUUUUAAAAUGUUCUUGGAUAAUUUUUAGGAAUAUUUGCAAAGUUUGAUUUCAUAGUUUGAACGAUUUUGAAGAUAUUCAAGGAUAUUCCUUGGUCUCAAAAAGGUAAAAGCGAAAUCAAAAUAACUCACUCAAUUAGUUUAUAUAAAGAACUAAAUAAAUAACGAGCAAUUAGUCUUAUUCCCUUUCUUUUUUCUGUAGCUAAGCUUGAUUUUUUUCUUUUCGAUUAAGCUAACUGUCGUUCACCUGGUGUUUUAAAUAAUGGUCUUAAAAUCGGUAAGAACUAUACACACGGAAAAACAGUUCGAUACUCUUGUAACCUUGGAUACACACUUGAGGGCGAGGCUAAACUGACCUGUGUAGAUGGAAGAUGGAACACUACCACUCCCAAGUGUAAGGGUAUGCGUUCAUUCUUGUUUUCUAAAAUAAAAGCUUGUGUUGAUCUUGGAGGUAAAGCGGGUUGUUUUAUUUGCAAUUUUUCAAAUUUCGUGGCAGAUUUUGGUAAUCGCUGGAAAAUGAAUUAUAUAGCCCGCAACUUUGAACCGUUGAAAAAAAAAAAAAAAAGAAUGAACUCGUGUGCGUCUAUUCAAGUUGAAGCUACUUAAUACCCUGCAAUCUUCAUUUCUUCUAUGAUUUUAUUGUAUGUAAACAACGAAGACUAAAAAUUAACGACCCUGUAAUUAUUACCAUAGCUGUUGAGUGUGGAAAUCCUGGCAAGCCAACAAAUGGAAAGCAGAUUGUCAGAAAGGGCUACGUCUAUGGCGGAUCAGUCAAGUUUGUUUGUGACGAGAAUUACACUCUAGUGGGAGCUGAUGUUAUGUUUUGUCAAGCUAAUAAGAGUUGGAGUUCCUUUGUUCCACGCUGCGUGGGUAAGUACCGUUUGGUAAGAGAAAAUAAUAAUAAGAAAAAAAAAUUUACCCUCAUUAUUUAGUUAUUGUCAGGGCUCUUAAAAGUAUAAAUAACAGUAAGAUUAUAUGGUCGAAGAAACAUAAUUUUAUGAAAAUUAGGGGUAGAAAAUUGUAGCUUUUUCCACAUACGUAUUAAUACUAGUUGUUCGAACAAUUUAACUUAGUGUGCUGAAUAAAAAAAAGAGAAACGCAAGUUAACGAAACCAAUUAAUUUAUUAUGAAAUUGGGGCUUAAAGAAAUAAAUCAUUCGUUUACCCUAGUUUUUCUGUUGUUAAGAUUUUUUUUUCUGUUUAAAUAAAAGCUGACUGUCGAUCCCCUGGUGAUAUAAAUCAUGGCCUUAAAAUCGGUAAUAACUACAAGCACGGAAAGACAGUUCGAUACUCUUGUAACCAUGGGUUCGCACUUGAAGGCGAGGCUGAAGUGACUUGUGAAGAGGGAACAUGGAAUACUGAUACCCCCAAGUGCAAAGGUACAGUCUGUAAGCGUACAUUAAUUUGUAUUUAGAGAUAUAUAGCUUGUAGCCUGGGACUAGGAUCCGCAUUGGGGGAAAAAGGAAAAAAAGUCGGCGUGGCGAAGCGAGCCGAGAGGUAGUCUGGGGAGGAAAAGGGUGGCGGAGCCUGGAGAUAUGCCUCUGAUGCCGCCGCUCCGCCCUCCGGCAAUUAACUUGUCAUUGAAAUAUAAUGUCAACACGUCAGCACGUCAGCUUAUUAUGUAGCUUUUGUAAAAAAAGAAAAGAAAAGAUAUUUGAAUUCGAAAUGAAGCCGUAAGAGUGCAAGCAAAGAGAUCUACUUAACUUCAAUCGCCAACUCGAGUACCACCAGCUACAGCAAAGAGAAAUAAAGACGUUUAAGAGGAAAAAUGCGCCGCGUUCGGCCGUUGAAGAUCGCCGAAUAGAUUCUCAAGGAGAUCCCUCGCAGUUCGCAUCAUAAUUCUCGUUUACAUAUUAGUUGUCUGUUUUGUAAAGUAUGUCUGUUAUCUUUGUACUAGCCUGCGAGGAGAGGUUUCUUUCUUGCCUACAUGGCUUUUAACGUUUUACGAAGUCGUUCGCGUCGCUUUUUAGUUGCGUAUUUGGUUUGUUAACUAUGCAACUGAUAAGCGACGCGAACGACUUUGUAAACGCUAGGUAAAAGCCAUGCAAGAUCGCAACAACUGCUCGCUCCGUACGGUUUUGGUUAUGCGUUCUCAGAGCACAAGGCUUUUAGGUGUACGCAACAUGUGUUCUUUGCAUAUAUCCACUGAUUCUUGGGUUUUAUCACACGCUUUUGGUAUGGAGCGUGAUUAUUAUGCUGUGCCUUUUAAACCUCGGUUUAUAAGUCAAUCGCUUUGUAAAUGUGACCGUAGUUUACCACUGGAGAGUAUAAGAAAAAAUCCACGUAUUUUGAAUGCUUCUUUUUCUUUUUGCAACAGAUCACAGGGGUAUUUUUUGCUCUUCUUGGAGUUGAGGGAUAAGCGAAAAGUCUCGCAAAGAAAUUUGUAUGGCUUGCUCGAAAUCCGUGUUUUAAGAAAUCUUUUCCCGAAGUGUAAGAGCAUGAUAAGAGCGCGAUUCUGUCUACAGCACCGCGAAUCUGUCAACAUGAAGACGUUUGACCAAUCAGAACAUGAUAUCAGAUUCUGGUUAUUAUAGAACGGCAGCAUCAAAGGCAUGUCUCCGGGCUCCGCCGCUCUUUCCCCCUCCCAAUCCAACGCUUGACUCGCUUUGCUCGCCGAUAUUUACGUAUUUUCUCUAUUUGACCUCAGCCUGGUCCCAGUCUAGCUUGGGUUAACGUUGUUUUGUGUUUUAACAAAGGGGCAGUUGUGCUUAUUUGAUGAUAACUUUGCGUCGACUAUGACAUUUUUUAUUAUGGUGCGUCCAGUGACCAGUUUAAUUCUGGAAAAUCUGGCUAUGUUAUUAAAAUGAUCAAUUGCGAAAAGCUUUGGCAAUAUGUUUGAGAAUUUAAAUUGAUGAUUGAGCUUUUAAUAAUAUUGAAGUAUUUCAAUAAAACUUCAUUGCUAAAACAUGAAAUAUCUCAAAAAUGUAAAUCGUUUAAAGAAGAAUUAACUCGUGUGCAUCUAUCCAAGUUGCAAUAAAAAGUUUAAUAUCCUGCAAUCUUCUUUUCAUAUACUAGUUUAUAUGUAAGCGACAAUGCCUAAAAUAUUCACUAUCCUACAAUUCUUAUUAUAGCUGUUGAGUGUGGUGAUCCUGGCAAACCAACAAAUGGAGAGCAGAUUGUCAAGAAAGGCUACGUCUAUGGCGGAUCAGUCAAGUUUGUAUGUGACAAGAAUUACACUCUAGUGGGGACUGAUGUUAUAUAUUGUCAAGCUAAUAGGAGUUGGAGUUACUGUGUUCCACAUUGCCUAGCUAAGUGUCAUUGGUAAGAGAAAAUAAAAGACUUUAGUCCCGCUAUGUUUCUCCAAAAGCUUUUAAAAGUGAUAAAACACAGUUAUAUUUCGUGGUCGGUUAAAACCGAUCUGUACAUAAAUUAGCAGUAGAAAUCCUUUAGCUUUUAAACGACAAAAGUUCGACAAAAGACGACAAAACUUAUCGUCACUCAGAAUAAACAAACGUUUAACCCUAAUGUUAUCAUGCUUUUUCCCUUUUCUGGCUUCCUAAGACCGGGGAACGUCGGAGAUUCCCCUCUAUAACUUUUAAACAGAUCAUGACACACAGCCACCAAAAUUUCCCCUAAUAAUGUACUCAACAUUUUCAACAUCUAGGGAUAACUGACGUGAUUUGACGUUCUUAUCACAUAACAUUGUUACGAGUUAUAAUUAAGCAGAAUCCAAACUUCAUCACUUUAUUUUGCCUAGGAGUAGCGGUGAAGCGAAAAAUGCUAAAAUAGUGAAAUGUUUGUAAAAAUCAUGAAGUUUGCUAACACACGGAUAAUCUUUAACAAUAGCACUGGCGUCACAUGACUUAGAGAACGAACUGGAAAAACGCCAUAUUUAAUCCGCCAUUUUGAAUUAAUUUUGUUCAAAACCGGGUGAUCCUUGAUACCAAGUCAAUGUAUGCAAUAUUGUGUCGUUAUAUUAUGUAGAAAUUAUAGGCUUAUCGUUUUAGGGCUAGGGAUCAUUGUUAUGUUUUGUUGUGACGUAACUCGAGAUUUGCUAUUCACUUGAUAUAUGGUUGCACCAGCCUCAAUUAAAAACCCGAGUAAAUAGAGGAAGCCAUGAUAUUAAAUACGACCAAAUACCUUUAAUACGACCUGUGUAUUAAACUAUGCUUAAAAAUCAAAAAAUAAAAUAAAAGUAAAAACACAUGUAAAUGUGAAAUUAAAAGGGGAAAAAAACUACUAGUAAUUAACAUUGUUGAACACUGCUGAAAUUUGAAUCAAACUUCUACCAUUAAAUCAUUUUACAUUCAAGUUUUUUAAUUGGCCAUUUGCACAUCUCUUAUAAGACGCCUCCUUUGCCCCCUGAAGUUUUUCCUAACCUGUAUUUGUCAUUUCUGCUGGGUAUUGCAGUUUUACCAGGAAACUGAAGACAAUGAUUAUGCAAAAUUUUGGAGGGCAAACAAAGUGGAUUAUGGUUUAUGAGAGAUGUGCCUUAAUGGAGAAUUUAGUCAUCAAAAAGCCUUGAUUAAAUUAACAGUCAUAAUAAAUGUAUACUAGUAAUAGUUGACACUACAGCUUCCCCCACUCUGUAUAUUGUCGGUCAAUAGCAUUUUUGCUCGUUGUGUAGCUCUUUGAAAUAUAGCGAUUCAUAAGGAAGAUUUUCACACAUUCCAUACAAUAGGUCUGAUAAUUAUAAAUACAGGAAACGCAAGGUUCCAUGCAUAGUUUCAGGUCGAUUUACACAGCUUUGAUCUAAACAUUCUCAGUUUCGGGAAUAGUUCAUUCUAAGCCAUAAGAAAAGAUUUAAUUAGAAGUUGAAUUUUUUGCUAUUUCUGUUUAACUUUUUACGUUUACUUCAUUUUAUUUGCCGGAAAGGAAGCUUUAGAAAUUAAAAGGACGUUUGAUCAAUUCACACUCGCACAUUCUAGUCUAAUAUUUUAAACUUUAUACCGGAAGGACGUCUGUGAGCAGGGAAUAAGUCAGCACAGAAUUUGAUUGUCGGCGAAUUUCUGUAAUCAUCCAUCGUUCUGUUAGUGAGAAGCUAACCGUUGUUCAUUCGUCUUGCUUGUUUGGGGCUGAAUCUUAUUCCGGUCAAAGAGAGAGAAAGAGUGUCUGGCAAGGUACGUUUCCAAUGAAAGAUUUGUGAACUCGUGUCUGGCAAACUCUCCAAGUGUUUAUAUAUACACAGUUAUAUGCACCUUAUAACUUCUUCUGCGCUUAACGAGUGUCGUUAAAAUUUUGGUCCAUAACUUUCACUGAAACAAACUCUCCACAGAAUGUCACUGAUAACACGUAAUGCAAAAGAAUGUCGAAGUAUGACUGCACAAUAAAUGUCACAAAAUCAACCUAAGCGGUCCCUUUGGGAUGUUCUGUCAUAACGUCAACCUAACCAUUUCGUACUUGCGGGCUCAAACUAUAGAAGCGUCAACAUUACCUACCGAUUCCUCGCGGCCCCUGUUCAAGCAAAUCGAGAUUGUUUCUGUAUUGACUGUGUGACUGUCUAUUUCAACUGUAAGUACCUUCCUUAAUAUACGCGCGAGUUACUAGAGUGCGUCCUCGGGAUUUCGCUUUCUGGGCGAAAUCCCUGUGGGGGCAAAAAUAAAUCUAAAUUUAGUGUGAUAUAAUAUUCAAUAAAAAACCUUGAAAUAAAUUGAUCCAAUCAUUUUAUAUAGAAAAAAUGGCAAGUAUUGUAAAAUAAGGCCCUUGAAAACUCGUUUACUAUGGUAACGUUAAAGUUGACAUACAGGGAACGAUGAUUUGAAAGUGUUCUUUGAAUAUUUUUAGAAAAAUCUGCUAAGUUUGUUGUCAUAGUUUGAUCAAUUUUGAAGAUAUUCAACUAUUAAAUUUGUUUUCAUACAUGUAGUUUGAAUUACUUUCAAGAAAUUUGGGUCCUUCAACGCCCCUGAAUAAGCUAAAAGCAAAAUCGAAAUAAUUGAGACAAUUAGUUUCUUAUGAACUAAAGAAAUAAAGCAAAUACUAUUUUUUGUUCCCUUUUGUUCCCUUCCUUUGUUACGAUUGACUUUAUUUUAUUAUUAUUUUUUUUUAUUAAGCUAACUGUCGCUCACCUGGUUAUUUAAAUCAUGGCCUUAAAAUCGGUAAUAAUUACACACACGGAAAGACAGUUCGAUACUCUUGUAACCUUGGAUACACACUUGAAGGCGAGGCUGAACUGACUUGUGUAGAUGGAAGAUGGAACACUGCCACUCCCAAGUGUAAAGGUAAGCGUUCAUUCCUGUUUUUCAAAAUAGAAGCUUGUGUUGAUUUUGAAGGUAGGGCGGGUUGUUUUAUUUGCAACUUUGUAUCUCCAUUUCUUGUAUUAUUUCAUUAUAUGUAAACGACAAAUUUAAAUGCUAAAAAAUUAACCAUCCUGUAAUUAUUACAGCUGUUGAGUGUGGUGAUCCUGGUAAACUAACAAGCGGAAAGCAGAAUGUCAGGAAGGGCUACGUCUAUGGAGGGUCAGUCAAGUUUGUUUGUGACAAGAAUUACACUCUGGUGGGGUCUGAUGUUUUGUUUUGUCGAGCGAAAGGAGUUGGAAUUCCUCUGUUCCACGUUGCUUAG